UAUAUAUAUAUAUAUAUAUAUAUAUAUAUUUUUUUUUUUUUUUUUUGGACUCUCACUACCAUGACUCUAUGUCCUUAUUUGGAAUUCCCUUGGUAGUGAACACCGACUUUACCGUACUGAGUGAAAGUCUACUGGAGCGGUAUGUCAACGGAGAACCAUGCAACACCCCCUCCACCCCCACUCCCACCUCCACCCACUUCAUUGAUAUGCUCAGUGUCCAGCAAGAAGAAGCUUUACCAGGCUAUUGCUGAGGGAAAGGCCCCUGUAGAGGGGGAUCAUGAAGAGGCAAAGAUUAUUAUUAGACAGAGAGAAAGCAGUUUUAGGAAGGAUCUACAGUGGUUGCUCUUCAAUAAGUAUGUGCCCUCGCUCAUUCAAGAUGGUCCACAAUGUGGUCUUGUGGCCUUAUGGAUGGCAACGCAUUUACUGCAACCUCCAAAGAUGGUAUCCAUGGAGACAGUGACCCAGGCUGCUAAAGACAAGGGCUACACUGCACAAGGAGAAAUGUUUUCUGCCAGUGACAUGACCAAGCUGGCAGAUGAAGUGUGUGCAUGCAGAGUUCAGAGGUUAUCAGGGGGCAUGAUGGGAGACAACACUGCUGUCAUUCUUAAACAUCUCACUGGCGGGCAGCCUGUCCUCAUACCAUAUGAUGAAGAUUUUAAUCAUGAGCCCUGUCUACGCAAUGGUCACAAAGCCCAUUGGGCAGUUGUCUCAGGUAUAUUAUUGGGUGUAAGACAGGGGUGUGUGGACAGCAAGCGGUUCCCCACUGAUGUUACGCUGCCCUGGCUGCAUCUCUCUCAGAAUGGGGCCUCCAUUUCUUGGCACACUGAUGGCAUUGAAGAAGUGUUUGUUCUGGCUAAACAGGGAAAGAGUCUACGUUACCAACUGUGGAAGUUUGAGACCAUUGCACAGAGCAAUGCUCAGCUCAAGGAAAUGGACCCUCAGAGAGCCAGUGAUGGAACGUGUUAUGUGCUUCCUCCUGGUGGUGUGCAGGAAGGUCUUGCAGGUCAAGUGGUGCUGCUUCACACUAAUACACUGAUGGCCUGAUCAAGAAUAGCACCAAACACACAUUUACAGACUAAAUGAGCUCUCUGGAUUUGGCUGACAACGGUUUAGUACAGUGGUUCCCAACCCUGUUCCCGGAGGCCCCCCAACACUACACAUUUUGGAUAUCUCCCCAAUCAAACACACCUGAUUCAACUCAUCAGCUUGUUAGUGGAGACUCCAAGACCUGAACUGGGUGUGUCAGAAAAGGGAGAUAUACAAAAUGUGCAGUGUUGGGGGACCUCCAGGAACAGGGUUGGGAACCACUGGUUUAGUAAACCCUGUGUUUCAGUCUUCAUCCACUAGGUGUCCUUAUAGUUCAUCUUUAAAAAUGCCAAGCUAAUUGACAAUGAAUGGAAUGGGACGCUACUGGUAAUAUCAUGGAAUUAAGAUACUUUAUUCAAAACUUGGAGACAGAUGCAGAAUAGUGUAAUUAUAUUAUUUGCUCAUGGAUCUUAUUCAGAGUAGUGCUAUAUAUUAAAUUUUUGACGGCAAUAUAAACAAUGCUCGGUGGCACUUUCAGUCCCUGUGAAGUGCCUUGACGAGUGCAGUUCGAAUUGGUGGGACAUGUCGAACAACUCGACCCAUUUAAAAAAAAUAGCCAAUAGGCUUUAGUUUACAGCCAUACACACACAUAUACGCCUUUCCACUGUGCUGCUCAUGCCAGAGCCGCUUACCAGGUAAACUUGACAAGCAAUCUCAAUACCGACCAGCUUUUCUAAAACCUUGAGAACAGAAUGAUGAUCUAACUGACAACAUAAUCCACAAAUGCACAGAGAACAUCGCGGUCUUUGCUUACAACAGACAGUGGUACGAAAAGUGCUGCAUUCCGAAGUUUCAACUGCAUCAGAUAUACAUAUUCAGCACCGGGAAAAAUUAAGAGACCACUGCAAAAUUAUCAGUUUCUCUGGAUUUACUAUUUAUACUGUUGGUAUGUGUGAGUAAAAUGAACAUUUUUGUUUUAUUCUAUAAAGUACUGACAACAUUUCUCCCAAAUUCCAAAUAAAAAUAUUGUCAUUUAGAGCAUUUAUUUGCAGAAAAUGACAACUGGUCAAAAUGACAAAAAAGAUGCAGUGUUUUCAGACCUUGAAUAAUGCAAAGAAAACAAGUUCAUAUUCAUUUUUAAACAACACAAUACUAAUGUUUUAAUUUAGGAAGAGUUCAGAAAUCAAUAUUUGGUGGAAUAACCCUGAUUUUGAAUUGCAAAUAAAAAAUAAAACUCAAACUGGCCUUUUCUCCUUUUUUUUUUUUUUUUUUGUUUUCUCUUCAUUUUGAGAAGUUUCACAACAAAGAUGUUAGUACAUGUCUUGUACUGAUGACCCUUUAAUAGGACAAAGUGUUAUGAUGUCAUCCAGAGGUUGCAGAACCAUUCCAGUCAUAUGUUGUGCAACUUGAGGAAGAGCUCCUUUGUAUAGGAAAUUAUGACAGAGGAAAGUCACAUGGCAGAAUGGAACAU